AUGUUGGCACAGGAGGCCGAAACAGAGUUCGACCUGAUCGGGUCCAAGGGCAUCGUUGGUCACAAAACUGCACAUAAGCAGGCGCCCUUACAGGCUCCAGGUCAACCCGCAUCGACUUUGCAAUCGAUUCCACCCUUUCAAGGAGAGACGACUGUUCCGGGGGUGGAUCCCAGGGAGGCGUCGCCAGCAUUUCUGGAAGCCAUGGGUGGAACCCAAGGCCAAGAGGGCUUCUUUCUUGGAGCUGAUGACUACGGUAGGACGACUGAUGCGUGGCUGGACUUGAACCUUGUACUUUAA